UUCCCCUCCCCUCCCCCCGCGGAGGGUGACGGGCGCUUCCUCGCCCGGAGCCCCAGCCGCCGCCGCCUCGCCGCGGCUCCCGCUGCCGCCGCCCGCCCCGGCCUCGGCCUCGGGGGUCCCCGCCGGCCCCCUCCUUGCGGCCCCGCCGGCCGGCUCCGCCGCGCCGCGCCGCCGCGGCCCCCUCAACGGACGCCCGGGCCCGGCCAUGGCGGACUUCGACGAGAUCUACGAGGAGGAGGAGGACGAGGAGCGGGCGCUGGAGGAGCAGCUCCUCAAGUACUCGCCCGACCCCGUGGUGGUGCGCGGCUCCGGCCAUGUCACCGUAUUCGGACUGAGCAACAAAUUUGAAGCAGAAUUUCCUUCAUCUUUAACUGGAAAGGUUGCACCAGAAGAAUUUAAAGCCAGCAUCAGUAGAGUUAACAGUUGUCUUAAGAAGAACCUUCCAGUUAAUGUGCGAUGGCUACUUUGUGGAUGCCUUUGCUGCUGCUGCACUUUGGGUUGUAGUAUGUGGCCAGUUAUCUGCCUCAGUAAAAGAACACGAAGAUCGAUUGAGAAGUUAUUAGAAUGGGAAAACAAUAGGUUAUACCACAAGCUGUGCUUGCAUUGGAGACUAAGCAAAAGGAAAUGUGAAACGAAUAACAUGAUGGAAUAUGUCAUCCUUAUAGAAUUUUUACCAAAGACACCGAUUUUUCGACCAGAUUAGCUUUUGCUUUAUUUAUAGAGACUUAUUCAAGUAUGUUGUCUUUCCAAUGGUGCCUUGCUUGGUGCUCUCCUGGUGGUGACAUAGCGUUGGUUCUACAGAAUCUUGUGGUGGUUUCAUUCUUUUUUGUUUAUUUGUUUUUUGUUUAUGUUUUGGGUUUUUUUCUUUUUUUAAUAAUAAGCAUAUCCUAAGUGCGUUUGGUCAAACUUUGCAAAAGUCAUUUCAUGCAAAUGUUAACUACUACUUAAGUUAUUACUUUUACUUCUUCCAUUUGUUAAUGUAUCUUGAUUUUCAAAGAGUCUUUUAUGUGUGCGUGCGUGUGUGUACAUAUAUAUAUAUUACUAUAAAUACACAGCUGAAAAUGGUUACAAGUGAGCAGGUAUUUUUUUACCCCAAAAUGACACAACUGAUUGACUGUACAUUGUGUAAGUCCUUUUAAUUAUUAAUUUAUGUUUUGAAGUAACUUCUAUGAUCUACCAAAGUUUUGUCAGUGACUUGUCAGCUGUAAAUAUUUUUAUUUCUUUUUGGGAUAUUGGCUAGCCUUUUCCAUCAGGAGGGUGAGAAAAAGUUAUUUUUGAAACUGCUUUUUGGAACCCAAAUGUCUUUGCAUCAGUAGAAAUCUCUGUCUUUUCAUGAAGAAAUCCUCUCAGCUGGUUCUGAAAAAGUUCUGACUUAAAGGUAAAUAAAUGGAAAAUAGAAUUAUUUUACUCAGACUAGAAUCACAGAGAGAAUUGCAUGCAUCUGAUUAGUAGAGCUCAGGAUCACAAAAAUAUAUUAGUAUUGCAGAUUAAAAUGUAGCUAUUUUAAUUCAGGCUAGUGCCAUGUAUCAGCUUUAUUCUUAAUGUUUACCAGAUCCUGAACACAGGGGUGCAUAAGUAUUUGUUUCAGUAAAUUUAUUGUCCAAGAGGAUCUUUCAAGUUUUUUUUUAUUUUUUUUAAGCCACGUAGGCAGAAAAAAGUUAUUAAGGGAAAUCUUGAACAGUUCCAGAAGCAAAUGGAGGUACCAUGUAUCAAAAGUAAUCAAAGCAGGCUACACUGGACAACAGUGUAAAUUUGAAUGUGUUAGAUAAACAUUUAUUGCACCCUUGCUUCUGCUCAUUUUGGUUUACAAAGCUUAUUUUCUGCACAAAUAUCAAGAUUUUUUUUAAACUGGAUAUAUGAUGUAUACUUGGGUCAGGCCAGUUGUAUAUUAUUUCUUCUACUUAUCUUAGUUGUACAAAUCUUCACACAUUAUAGUUUCCUUAAUUGCUACUCAAUUGUAUUUUUGUUUGCUUUGUGUCUGAAAUUACUGUACAUGAACAUUAGUGUAAGCUAUGAAUAUGUUCCUUAUACAGUUGUGAUAGCAAGCAAUAAUGUGAAUAUAUGAAAAACAGAUACUCUGCUUAAUAUUUGUAUGAAUGAAGACUUGAUACCACUACAAGAAUAACUUUCUCUUUUUAAUCUUUUAAAUACAAGUUUUAUUUCAAGGUAAUACAUUACAGGUACCUUGGUGCUGUGAACUAUUUUUCUAUGUCUUCAAAAUAUUUAUUCUCUCUAAAAUCUUCUCUAGUGAGUAUCAUAUUCCUAAAUAUUUGAUAGUAGGAGCAGUUUAGAAAGUUUUAAGUUUCCUUAAUCUAAGCCCUCUGUAUCUGUUCCCAAAAAUCAUUCUUUGCUCAGCUUUUGUCUGUGGAUUCCUGAUGUUUACUUUGAAAAUAGCUCAGUUAUGCUUUUUGUUCAAGCCUACAAGUGUGCUUUGCUUGACUGAGUAUGUUUUUUUAAUUAACUAGUAUCAGUUUUGGAUUCCCUCUCCUGGGUCCCACAGCAGUUUCUUCCCCAGAGUAACUGGUUAUAAUUUUUUUUUUUUUUUUUUUUAUCAAUUUCAGCCUCUUCUUUAGUCCCAGCCUAUGUCUGCAGCUCUCCUUCUUUCUCCCAGAAGUGUUAGUUAUAAUCUUGGGCCAAUUUCAGCCUGUGGAGUGGGCCAGAAGCCUAAUUUUGCUGGCAGCUGAGGUCGUGCAGGUUGGAGACACAGGAGAGGUUGAAACUGAACAGAAAUAAUAACUGGUAGUAAUAUUGGCGACCAGAAAUAAAUGCUGAUUUCUUUAAGUGCCAGUUUUCAAUAAAAUAAGUAUUGAAUCAUGCUAAGCCUAGAUUUUAUUAUCAAAAUUCACAGUUGACUAUAUAGAUAGCUGUUUCAUGGAUGCAUUUUUCCACUGAUAGUUUGUUAUUGUGAAGGGAUAACUCAGAUACAGCUUGCAAUAUGUGCAUAGCAGCACUGAGUUUAGCAUGAGCUAAUCACCUUGGUUUAUUAGCCAAGCUUUCCAUGUGAAGUUUUGUGACACCACAACUUGCUUGCCAGCAGUGCUCAAAUCUGCCUGCUUUAAAGCUCAUCUGAGUGUGAUGUCUGUGCUGAACCAGAGUGGUGAAUAGAGUGUAGCUUAAAGAUUUACAGAGAGUAUUUCUUUAGUGAAACUUCCAUAUAAGUAAUAGUGCUGUUUAAGAUCUUGCCUACUUUAGGUGCCUCUACUGUCAUCUGCUUGAUUUAGCAGGCAUUUUAGUAUUUAACUAUGACUUACUCUCUGAGAAUUCUACUAUAGGUUGCCAAAGUAGAGCUUUGAGCAAAUAAAAUGUUAAAUCCCUUAGUAAGGAGGCCAGUCUAAUUGCCUCUUAAGGCAUUUCUGCUAUUUUACUGCAAAAGAAAACAGUGUCUCUGACUUAAAAUAAUAUCAGGAAACUUGGGAAAUUGGCUUUAUAUAUAGAUGAAUUUUGCUCUCCAAAAAUGUUACUCUCCUGAUGAGGUAGCAUGCUCUUGUAGUAUGAAUGUUAUAAACCAUUUUUACACAACAACUUUCAACUUAAAAAGAUCAAGAUUGAACAUAGUAAAACCUUAAUAAAUCAUCUGUCUAAUACUUGCGGCAGCCAGUGGGAUUAUUUUUUGAUGUUGUUUCAGAAAUGUCUAUAUCUAGUUAUUUUAUGUGCUACUAAGAAGACAUGUCUUAACUUUUUUUAUCCAGUUGACAAAGUAUAAAGCUGCAAUAGUUCCAACAGGCCAGAAGCUGUAUUAGUACUUCCAGGAGAUAGGCUAUUUGCUGAUUACAUUGGACUAAUCUGUUCAGCUUCUGAGCAAUUCCUGCAGAUAACGUUAUCUAUUCUCAGUUUUCUUGAGUAGUGAAAGUUAGAUACCCACUUGAUAUUCAUUGUUUCUGAUCAACAAAUAUCUGAUUAUGUAUGUUUCCCCUUGAUCCAGAAGAACCAAUGGUAAAACAUCAGUGAUGCUCUGAGAAAGCUAAUUAUUGUUUUUAGGUACAGCGGCCUUUGAUCAGCCAAUCAAGAUUUGUUUCUUACUGUAAUAUAAGCAAAGAAAAUUAUUUUUAAUCUUUUAGUGAUAAGUAGAAAUAAGUCCCAAGAGAGAAAGGCUUUCUGUCUGACCAUACAUGAAAAAUUCUGUAGAGUUUAUCUGUUGUUGAAUAGCUAGGAUUUGAUGUUUACACUGUGAUUAGCAAACUUCACCAGAGAUUAAAAUAUUUAUGGAGAUAGGUUACAUGGAAUCAGUAUAAGUUCUGUAACAGCUUGGUAAGAGUCAUUUUAAUAAACUAUAUAAAAAAGCAAAACCAAAAAUGUCCAUGGCAAAUCCAGAAUUUCCCAUGAUACUCAAACCAUGUACAGUAGAUUCUAAGAAUUUUUUUACAGCAGUUGGGUUGUAAAUUAUCAUCUGUAAAUGUAAUUUAACAGAUUAAUUUACUUUUUUGUAAAUCUCAUGACCAUGAUGUUUGUUUGUAAUACUCCAACUCUGAGGUGUAUGUUUAGGUAAGAAUCUGUUUUCAUUUUUCUGAAAGUCAUUCUUUAGCCCUCAGAGUUAUAGGGGAGAGCUUUAAAUCAGUAUUUACAAUCUGUAACUGCUCAGAAACUGAAAGGUAAAGAAAAAGAACCCAUAUUUAUUCCCUCCCCCCCCCCCCCCCCCCCCCGCCAAGGUCUUAAUUUUAAAUCGAUUGUCCUGUUUUGGGAGUCCUAGCUUAUGAUUUUUGAGCAUCUGGCAGUAAUGCAAAUUGUUCACCAAAAUAAAACCCAUUUAAAUUCUGAACAAUUUAAAGAAAUCACUUUAUUUGAAGAGGAAAAAGACUUUUUAAGCAAAGAAAAUCCCUGUUUCUUUUAAGUUCCCAAAGCCAUGCUAUGGAGUAAUUAAAAGAAAGAUCAUGAUGACCCUACAUUAGGUCAAAAUCCAGAUGAUUUUAUGUAGAGGAAACACUCAAUUAGGUCUCAGAGCCCCAAAAGUCUUGGACUCAUGGUAACGACUUGAUAAGUGAUGCUGGCUAGUUUUGUAUUUGUGACUAAAAUCAUUUAUGCUGUUUGUCAGCAACCUUGCUUAUGCAAAGGAAGCAUUUUAAAAAUAAGAUCUAUAUUCACUGCCACUAAUUUGCUGUAAUUUCUGUGAUUCUUCUCCCUAAAGCCACAUUGCAUUUCCAUCCCUAACAGCUAAAUGUAUGAUGGUUAUAAAGCCUUUAAUAGCCAUAUGUUAGGUAGAAGUAUUAAUUUCUCAGGGACUAAUGGGAAAUAUGAAAAUGGAGUUAAUAAGCUGAAUGCUUGUCUGCAUGAAGGCUUAUUUUGCAAACUGCAUCCUAGAAAGCUUCUGAUUGUAAUAUGCAUGACCAUUUUGAAUGUUAUCGAUAUACAGCUAUGAGAGCUCCCUUCACCCUGUAUUAUUAAGCUGCUGGACAUAAAAAUAUAUUUUAGAAUGGGUUAGGAAGGAUAAAUGAAUUCUUGCUGAUUUGGAUAGUGAGAAUGAGUAUUUCUAAUGGUGCUUCCUUCUUCAUUCCUGUGUUUGUUCUUUGUAUAAAGUUGUCUAUGCAGGCCGGAUGAAUGAGGAGAGUCUGGUAAUGAGAAAACAGUAUCAUUCUUCUUGCUAGGGAAGUAGAAAUGUUUCAAGGGGAGAAAUACUCCAGAAGCAAACACUAUCACUGCUGAAAAGCUCAUGCAUUUGUUCUCCAUUAGCUAUAGAUAGCCAUUCAGGUUAAUUUGUUUGGAACAGUGUUUUGAAGUUUCAAUUUAACAUCGUCAUAUUGUAUACUGAUCUUUCAGUCAGCAUGGGGUGAAUUAGAAUCCUUUUUUGAAAAUUUUAGAAAAGGAGUCCUUUCAUGAAGCUUUGUAUGUUGAUGCUUCCUGUGCUGAUGUUUGCAUCUCCGCCACGUAACAUCUGGAUAGUACAUAUUUUAUGAACUAAAUGUUACUGUUUUUGUGGAAGAUGUCCUUUUCAGAAACCUUCUGCUUCAUUUAGAUCAUUAAUGUUUCAUUAAGAUUUAUUUUCCUGAAAAAGGUUCACAAAUGCUUGACUCCUGGGAAUACAACAGACCAUUAGGAAAGAGAGAGUGAGGCAAAGGAUGAAGCAUAGGAAGUAGGAGAAGCAACAUCCAAAAGACUGAACUUGGGGAUUAGGUUGAAAAUUCUGAGAGUGAUGGAAAAUAAUUUUGAACUGUAUGAAAUGGUAUUGAAUGAUGAAAUUUAAGUAAAGGCAUGCAAUCCAUUUCAGUAAUUAUGUAGACUUAAUUCCUGAUACAUUUUUGAUUCUAACAAGUGUCAUUAAUUUCUUUUGGUUGUACCCUAAUUGAUAGACAGUUCUGCAGUUAUGCAGAUUUUGAGGUAAGCUUCCCUCUUAAAUGAGCGUCUUUUAGUUCAAAAUGUCCAGAUCAAAAAGGAAUCGCUGAUGAGAGCUACACAGCGAGUACAGAACAGUCUUUUUCUACGUUGGAGCCUGUAAUGCAUAGCUAACUGUUUCCAAAGAAAAUUCUUGAUUUGUCCAGACAGCUCCUGUCAUGUGACAAUAUAUCUAAUACCCAGGAAUAGGAUUCAGUUAGGAUAACUUAAGUUCAGGUAAGUUAAAUAGAUUUUUGUAGUUAGCUGUAACUUUUAUGGAGAAGGGAACUGUUGAAAAAUGCUCACUUUUGGAGGGCAGGUACUUGUUCUUUAUAAUGUUUAUUGCAGCUUUUAUUUUCCUCAUUUGUAACUCCACUAAAAGUUACUUUGUGUCGUAUCAGAACUAGGUAAUUAGCUAAAGAUUUUUUUCUGUUACAGUACUUUAGAUUUGAGUCCAUUUUCUAAAACAUGUUCUGAUUUUUUUUUAAAAAAAAAAACAGAUCUCCUGAUGCAAUAUAGCUAAUAUUUUAAGUGUCUCUGUGUUUUAACUGAUUUCAUUGUAUCAGUGGAAAAAAUUUCACUCAGACUCUGAAUGUUGAUCUCUGAUCUUCUGUGCUUGCAACAGGCUUUCUAACUUGUUAGGAUAUUCAGUGUACAUAUUUGUUAAUGUUACCAGUGAGCAGUUUGGUUCAGUAAGAGUUCAAGGAACACAGAGUAGUUACUGGUUUGAAAAAUGUAAUUUAAUUCUUGUUUCCAUAAAAGACUGAGUAUGGCAAUGAGAAUACAAAAUUAAUUCCAAACAUAAAUUUAAAAAAGGAUGGAAAACUACCAGUGCCUAAAUGUUGUGUGCUAAAUUAGCCCUAUGUAAUUCAUGUUGCUUUAAAAGACUUUGUGGAGAAUUGCAUUGGACUGUGUAUGUUUAGGAAAAGCCUGUUAAGAAUAUAAAGCAGUAACCAAAAAGAAGUCACUGAAAGCAUGUUGUCUUUCAAGUAAGCAGACUUUAAAAAUAAUAUUCUAGACUAUGCUAAAAAUCCAUUUGAAGCAGAAAAUACAUAAGCAAUAAUUUACCCUAGAACUGGAUGUUAGAGAAGCUGCUAUUUAUAUGUAGUGACUCAGUGGUAGUUAUGUUGAUUGGGGAUCUCCUCUAAUAAAGAGUUUAGAAAGAUGGGGUUGCUGUGAUUUUCACUAUUGUAACAUUCCUCUUCAAAUAUUUGAAGUUCAGGUUAGAGACUGAAAGAGAGAUUGAAGCUUAGAGGCCAGUACUAUGUUCACAGGGCUUUGGGAGGCGAGGAUAGGAAAAAAAGGACUUUUUUUUAAGGCUGCACAAUUGUAAAUAAUGCAUAUUUAAGAGUAUUUAACCACAUCUGCUAAAUUACUGAAAUCUAUUGUUGAAUUAUAGAACAUUAUUUAAUACAUCAGCAUUGUUUUUUUCCUGACCUGACCCAGAAUUGGAAUGCACUCCAAUAUAAAACUUUUUUAAAGCAUUUCUUAAGUUGUAUGUAUUACGAACUAAUAAAAUAAUUGCAAACCUA